ACGGUUCUGCGUAUCUGGGACUGUCUGUUCUACGAGGGUUCUAAGAUUCUGUUCCGUGUGGCUCUGACGUUGAUAAGGAACCAGCAGGCUGAGGUCCAACAGGCCGGUUCCCUGCCUGACGUCUGUGACUGCUUCAAACACAUGACCAGAGGCCCUGAUGUAGAGGACUGCCACUCCUUCAUGCAGAAAAUCUUCACGGAACCCGGAAGCCUCUCCAUGGCAACCAUCACCAAGCUCCGGGAGACGUGUCGAGCACGCAUCAUCGCUGAGGAGUCCUGACCCCAUCCUCCUGACCUGUCAAUCAAACACUACACAUUCCGGGCUGGGUCCCAACACUCCUUAAUGGUCUCCUCUCCUCGGAUCCUAUCCCUCACUGUUGGGACAGUGUCCUAGACUGUUUUGUAUUCUUUAGCAUGACUACCACGUAGCUACGUAGACUACCAUGUAUGGAGACUAUAAGAUGUUACGAGUACCAGCAAAUUAAUUAGUUACUAUCCUGUGGGGACACAUCGUACAG